GAAUUCCGUAGAGUACAUUUUUCUCUCUCUUAUAGAUAAAGCGAGACGAGUGAGCGGGGGAGAGAAGAGAGCGAAGCACUCAUAAGUCUGAAUAAUCUCCAUUACCGCCGAUCACUGCAAGGCGGCAGCAACAGUAGCGGCCCAACAACACUUUUUGCCGUUCGCCGGAACCCUCCGCUUUCCGAUCCUCCCAAGAUCCGAUCCCUUAUCCUUCCCUCUCUCAACUUCCCAUUGCUCCCUGCGGGGUUACAGACGUGUACUGAUACCCCUCGAUUGUUCCGGUUGCCUCCGAAUCAGUGGAUAAAGAUUCAAUCUCUACGUGAAUUUGCAUUUUGCAGGUGAAUUUUACCCGGAAAUUUCUUUUCUUGCUUUGUUGGCGAAGUUAGGGUUUGUUCAGAGAAGGGUGUUAGAUCUUGAGCUGGGGUUUGUAAAAAUCAGGGAUUUUGUAUUCUGUCAGUGGUGGUCUUGGAUAUUGCUUUCGUGUGUGUAUGAGGAUUUGGUGCUGCUUGUGUUUUGGUGAAGAAGAAGAAGAAGAGGAUAGGAAGGGAAGAAAGGGUAUGAGAGAGGACAUUUCAGGGACUGCUAGCGAGGAGAUGGAGAAUGACGAGCCUCAAAACUUCGGAUUAGGGUUUCCGUGGGACGGGCAGCUGGACGCAGAAAUGGAGUUAUGGUCACAGGCGGCUGAGGAUAAUGCUUAUAGAAAUGAUAGGCUUGGGCGUGAUAUGGACUUCGGAAACUUACAGUUCGAGGGCACAAAUGGGAGUUUGCAAGGUUUUCAUCACUUGGCCUCAAGUAGUAGUAGUGGCCAUUCUGCAAUGGAGGUUAAUUUGAAUUUGAGCUUGAGUGAAGAGCCUUCAUCCUCCACAGCAUUAAAGCAAGACAACAGUGAUUCUCAUAAUAAAAGGCCCAAAGUUCAUUCCUUCUCGCUUGACUGGGACAGUCCUUUUCUCGAUGAGUCUCGUUAUGCUUGUCCCGUGUAUGAUGGUGGUGAGGAGAGUCCAUCCAUGUUUUCUGCUCUUGAUGAUCAAAGAAAAGAUGGUAGUCCAAAACCUGAGGAUUUAGAAGUUCGGAUGGAUCUUACUGAUGACUUAUUGCACAUGGUCUUCUCAUUUUUGGGCCACAUUGACCUCUGUCGAGCUGCAAGGGUUUGCAAGCAGUGGAGGACAGCUAGCACUCAUGAAGAUUUUUGGCGGUACCUGAAUUUUGAAAAUAGGCUCAUAACCUUAGUUCAGUUUGAGGACAUGUGUCUUCGUUAUCCAAAUGCCACUGCAGUAAAUGUUUAUGGUGCAGGCGCACAGGCUAUCCACUCACUUGCAAUGAAAGCAAUAUAUUCUUUAAGAAAUCUUGAGGCCCUGACCUUGGGCAGAGGUCAACUUGGGGAAACAUUCUUCCAAGUCCUACCAGAGUGCCAUAUGUUGAAGAGCUUAGCUAUUAAUGAUGCCACUCUUGGAAAUGGCAUUCAAGAAAUACCUAUUUACCAUGAAAGGCUGCGUCGUCUUCAGCUUGUGAAGUGUCGGGUGCUCCGAGUUUCUGUCAGGUGUCCCCUGCUUGAAACUUUGUCCCUAAAACGAAGUAGCAUGCCACAUGCAGUGCUAAACUGCCCACUUUUGCAUGACCUUGAUAUAGCUGCUUGUCACAAGCUUUCAGAUGCUGCAAUUCGUUCAGCAGCAACUUCAUGCCCACUCUUAGAGUCCUUGGAUAUGUCAAACUGUUCAUGUGCUAGUGAUGAGACACUUCGUGAAAUAUCUCUUACAUGUGUGAAUCUCCAUGUUCUUGAUGCAUCAUACUGCCCAAACAUCUCUCUUGAGUCUGUUAGGCUUACAACACUGAAAGUUCUUAAGCUUCACAGUUGUGAGGGAAUAACUUCAGCUUCAAUGGCUGCCAUAGCUUUCAGCUAUACAUUAGAGGUUCUGGAGCUUGAUAAUUGUAACCUACUAACAUCAGUUUCUUUGGAUCUUGCUCGCCUACAGAACAUAAGGCUUGUACAUUGUCGCAAAUUUGCUGAUUUGAAUUUACGAAGUGAUAUGCUCUCUUCCAUUACUAUUUCUAAUUGUCCUCUGCUCCAGCGAAUCAAUAUCACUUCGAAUUCACUCAAGAAGCUGGUGCUGCAAAAGCAAGAAUGCUUAACCACUUUAGCGUUGCAAUGCCCCAGUUUGCAAGAAGUGGACCUUACUGAGUGUGAAUGUCUAACAAAUUCUGUUUGUGAAGUUUUCAGUGACGAUGGUGGCUGUCCUAAGCUGAAAUCACUGGUUUUAGACAACUGUGAGAGCUUGACAGCUGUGGGGUUUUCCUGUACUAAACUGAAUGCUCUUUCCCUUGCUGGUUGCCGCGGUUUAACUUCACUUGAACUGAGAUGCCCUUAUCUUGAGCAAGUAUCAUUAGAUGGUUGUGACCAUCUUGAAAGUGCAUCUUUUUGUCCUGUUGGUCUUAGGUCUCUUAAUCUUGGCAUAUGCCCCAAAUUGAGUGUGCUGCGUAUUGAAGCACCACAAAUGACAUCUCUUGAACUGAAGGGCUGUGGUGUACUAUCUGAAGCAUCAAUUAAUUGCCCACUCCUCACUGCUCUGGAUGCUUCAUUUUGCAGCCAACUUAAGGAUGACUGUUUGUCUGCCACCACAAUGUUGUGUCGUCUAAUCAAGUCCUUAGUAUUGAUGUCAUGUCCCUCAGUUGGCUCUGAUGGACUCCUGUCUUUACGUUGGCUUCCAGAGUUGACCUACCUUGACCUGUCCUACACCUUCUUGGUCAAUUUGCAGCCUGUUUACGAGUCCUGUUUGCACUUGAAGGUUUUAAAAUUGCAAGCAUGCAAGUACCUUAGUGAUACAUCUUUGGAGCCUCUUUAUAAAGAAAAUGCUCUCCCAGCCCUUAGUGAAUUGGACUUGUCGUAUGGGACACUGUGCCAGUCUGCCAUUGAGGAAUUGCUUGCUUGCUGUAAACAUUUGACGCAUGUUAGCUUGAAUGGGUGCAUAAAUAUGCAUGAUUUGGAUUGGGGUGGAAAUGAAAUUUCUUACAUGACGACAACAUUUCCAUCCACCCUUGGUGACAUCCACUUCCAAAACGAGCAACCAAAUCGUAUGCUGCAGAAUCUCACUUGUGUUGGUUGUCCCAACAUCAAGAAGGUUGUUAUUCCCAUGGCACAGUGUUUCCUUUUGUCAUCACUGAAUCUGUCACUGUCUGCAAAUCUGAAGGAAGUUAACGUUGCUUGUUCCAACUUGUCUUCUCUUAAUUUAAGCAACUGUUGUUCGCUGGAAAUCUUGAAACUUGACUGUCCUAGAUUAAACAACCUAUUCCUUCAGUCUUGCAACAUUGAUGAGGAAGCUGUUGAAGCUGCCAUAUCGCAGUGCAGUGUGCUGGAGACACUUGAUGUCCGUUUCUGUCCCAAGAUAUGCCCACCGAGUAUAGGGAAGUUACGAGCUGCAUGUCCCGGCCUGAAACGCAUCUUCAGCAGCCUAGCACCUGCAUGAUGGGAUGAGAUGGGAUGUUUAGUGAUGUGCAUUUGUUGGGUUUAUUUGGUAGUAACUGGUACUGCAUUUCAAGUUUUUAGUCAAUUUUUUUUUUUUAUUUUAAAUUUUACUUUGUGGUUGUUGAGUGAACCAAGAGAUUUACUUAAGGUGUCUGACUAUCAGGGGAUGAAACUUACUCAUUAUUAUUCAUGCUUCUUAAUAAUUCGCUAUCA